AGCAGCCACGCUGAGCUCAUGUUGAUGGAGAGCAGGAAGACUAACCUGCUGGGCCGAGGAGAGUCUCUGAAGAGGAGCGGCACACACCUGCCCGGGAACUUCAGUCAGAACAUACACAACCUGACACACACCUGGAAACAGCUGGAGAAAAUCCUCUCGGAGCAUUCAGGACCCUCUUCCUCUUCCUCUUCCUCCUCUUCCUCCCUGUUGGCCAACAUGAACUCUCUGGAGGUCAGAGGUCACGGUGCGGCGGAGGAGAACCCUCGCUCGGCGCUCUCUCCGCUCACCAACUCUCUCCUGGAGCAGCUGGAGGCUCGGAUCAAGGACCUGAAGGCGUGGCUGAGAGACACCGAGCUGCUCAUCUUCAACUCCUGCCUGGGGAGGGAGACGGACGCAAAGGAGCAGCUGCACAGCUUCAAG